AUGAAGCUUUUCCAGUCUAGUGUUGCCGCAGCACUUUCGCUGGCACCACUUGUCGCUGCCACCUGCGAUUUUGUCGGUGGUAACUACUACUGCUCCCAGACAGAUGCUGUUGUUUAUCAAAACGUCGGUUACUCGGGCUCCUACCUGGAUGUCACCAGUAUGGACGAGACGCAAUGUUCUUGCUCUCAGGAAUCCGUGUCUUUCGAUGGCUCUUUGUCUCCUCUUAACGAGGAACUUUCUGUUCAUUUCAGGGGUCCGCUAGAAUUGUUGCAAUUCGGUGUUUACUACCCAUCUUCUGGCUCUUUGAAUAAAAGAGAAGAUUGUGACGUCGCUACUCGCCAUCACGAUCACAAGCGUGAUGCUGCGGUUGCAGUUGUCCACGUCACCUCUACCAUGUACGUUGACGGUAACGGCAAUCCGGUUGCUUCCACCAACCCAUCUGCUACUGCUGUUUAUGCCACUUCUUCUUCGUUGGCCCCAGCUGCCACCACCACUUCUUCUUCGGCUGCCGCGCCUACCUCGAACUCCCAUGCAGCAGCAAGCUCUUCUGCAACUGCUCCUCAAUCUUCUUCGUCAAGCCAAGGAAAGGUCUCUUCUUCUGCAUCCUCCUCAUCUUCGUCGUCCGCUCCAUCUUCUUCCUCGGGGUCCAACUCUGGUUCUGGCUGGAAGAGAGUAUCUUACUACACUCCAGGCUCGGCCAGCAAUUUGACCUUCAUGAACCACCAAGGUGGUACCGCCGGUUCUGGUACCUGGUCUGCAUGUUUCGGUAACUCGAUCUCUUACUGUGCGGCAGAUGGUGUGUCUGGUGCUGCUUCCCCUCAAGCUUUGAACCAAGUGACUUUGGCCUCCAACAAAGAGUACAUGAUCUUUUCCGGUGUCGACUGCUCAGACACCUCUUCUGGAUCAUGUGGCGUUACCCGUGAUGGCAUUCCUGCUUACCACGGUUUCGGUGGUGACACCAAGAUGUUUGUGUUUGAGUUUUCCAUGCCUCAUGAUUACUCUUCCUCUUACAAUCAAGACAUGCCUGCUAUCUGGAUGCUUAACGCCAAGAUCCCACGUACGCUUCAAUAUGGUAACUCUGAGUGCUCGUGCUGGGGUUCUGGAUGCGGUGAAUUGGAUCUUUUCGAAAUUUUGUCCUCGGGUAGCGAGAAAUUGAUCACACACUUGCACGACGGCCAGGGAAAUAACGGUAACAGCCAAGGUGGUGGUGGUACUCAGGAUUACUUUGCUAGACCAACUUCCAACACUUUGAAAGCUGCCGUUAUUUUCAAUGGUGCUGACAAAACUUUGCACGUUGUGCAAGUCACUGGCAAUUUCGAUUCGAGCUUGAGUGCCAGUACCGUCCAACAGUGGUUGAGCCAAAGUGCAUCGGUCGCUAACCUUGCCUAA